GGGGUGAGUAAUUAAGUGCUCAGGGGUUGAGGACUCAAGCGUACAGGUGAUACAGUAGGCAGGUGGAAAUAGGGUGGGAAAAUGAGAGGAUAAACAGGGAAGGCUGCCUGAAGGUGGUUUGAUUUUUUAAAUUAGGGCUUUGUAGAUGGGGAGAGUGGUGGCUUGGCAGAUUUCCCCAGUUAUUUGCCUUCCCUUUUGCAUCACCUAUGCCCUUUGGCCCGUACCCCUAAAUCACUUUGACUCCAUCUCCACCCCAGCCCCGCAUCUCCCUAAAGCACUUUAAUACUGACCCCACCCCAGUCCCACAGCCCUUAGGGAUGUAGCUUUAUACUCUGCUAGUUCCCCUAGCAUUAUUUUAAUUUCUCUCUCUCUCAACAGAAACGUCCUUGCGGGCAGAGGUCACAUCUACCAACUCUGACGUACUGUACUCUCCCAAGCACUUAGUAUGGUGCUCAGUGCACAGUCAGUCCUGCCACCUCCGGCCCCCACAGCCCUGGCCUCUCUCCCCCAGCGACUCGACUGGCUGAACGGCGAUCUGUUCCGCCCGGGAAGUCCUCCUCGGGAAACGGUGCUCCUAGCCAUUCCCUCCCCGUGGUCUUUCGGAGCCCCCUCCUCUUCCUCCGUUGCCCGGGCUGAGGCGGCUCCGCCAUGGCAGGUGUCAGCUGCUGCGUGUGGAGCCAGCUCGCGGACUCUGUCUCGGCUGGGCUGUCAACUGCGCCAGUUUUGGGAGGAUCACUUCUCCCGUCGUCGCUUCUCCCCGCGGAGGCCACCCUUGCGCCGGAUCUCCUUCAUGUCCACCUUCUAUCUGCUGGACCACCGGACCCGCCAGGCGGAGCUCGGCCUGAGCUACGGUCCGCCCCGGACCCGGCUCAGCAGGCAAACGCUCAUCUUCCUGGAGGGCCGGUGGGUGAACGAUGGUGAAGCGGCCCACUCCCCGCCCUUGGCCCCCGCCGGCGGCAGGUCCCCGGCCAGGCUGGCCAAGGUUCAGUCGCUGUUGGAGGAGAACAACUACCUGAAGCUGCAGCAGGAGUUGCUGAUGGACAUGCUGACCGAGGCCACGGCCCGCUUGCAGGCACUGGAGAAGAAACCCAGCAGAGACCCCGACUCGGCCUCACGGGCCUUUCCCAAGAACAAAGGGGACGGGAGGCUGAAGGGGGACGCUCCGGCUGACCCGCGGAGGUAAUCGUGGUCCAGAGGGAGUGGGCCGGCCGAAGACAGCUCUGUGCCCGCCCCUUCCUUGCCUCCCAGGUACCUUAAUAAAAGGGAGAUUGAGCGGCGCCUCGGCCUCUUCCCGCCAGGAUUGA